GUAAGUUUUAUCCACCGUAUGAGAAAGACGCUUUCAAGUAUAGAAGAAUAAGAACUAAUAACCGACAAAAUGAUUUCGAAUUUAUUUUUAUUCUGUAUGUUAAUUGUAUACAUGUGUCACAUACAAGAGAAAAAUGUUAGAGCACAAGAAGUUCAUGCAGCUCCAGGUCAAGAAUGCCAGAUGACUCCAGUAAUACAUGUAUUACAACAUCCGGGAUGUGUGCCCAAAGCGAUACCAUCAUUUGCAUGUAUUGGAAAAUGUUCAAGUUACGUACAGGUAUCUGGAAGCAAGAUUUGGCAAAUGGAAAGAACAUGCAAUUGCUGUCAGGAAUCUGGCGAGAGGGAAGCUACUGUGGUUUUAUUUUGUCCUAAAGCUAAAAGUGAAGACAAACGAUUCAGAAAGGUAACGACGAAAGCUCCCCUUGAAUGCAUGUGCAGACCUUGUGGAAGUAUCGAAGAGAGUGCUAUUGUGCCGCAAGAAAUUGCUGGAUAUUCGGAGGAUAGCCUUCUUCAAAAUCAAUUCAGGAAAACAUUGUAAUAUUAGCAUAGCUACUGAAUGUCUUGAAUUAUUGUUGAUCAAUAUAUUUAUCAUUUUUAAACAUUAAAAUAUUUUAAAUUGUUACACAAAUCUAUAAAUUAAA